GCUGGAGAGACGAAAAUAAUUUCACAUGGGAUGAUACAGCGCCGUUUCUACGGCAUCGGAGCCAGCAAGAAAAACGACGUGGUUUUAGCGUUUGGAGUGGCCAGAAUGGCAAAAUUCUAGACUGGCUGAUGACUAACCAUUGUCAAAAAGGCCAGUCGCUAUUUUUUUCUCUUUAUCUCGGGAGCAAAGGGCACAAAACCCACUCUGUUAAAAGUAAAACCCUAAACUACUCUCUCUCUCUCUCUCUCUCUCUGAGAUCGAUACCAUCGUCUAUGGCUGAACGCAGCAAGUUCGUUUACGUUGCCAAGCUCGCUGAGCAGGCGGAGCGCUAUGAUGAGAUGGUGGAUGCCAUGAAAAAUGUGGCAAAGCUUGAUGUGGAAUUGACAGUUGAAGAGCGGAAUUUGCUCUCAGUUGGGUACAAGAAUGUGAUUGGUGCUAGGAGAGCAUCAUGGAGAAUUCUGUCGUCCAUUGAACAAAAGGAAGAAGCCAAAGGGAAUGAAGUUAAUGCAAAGCGGAUCAAGGAAUAUAGACAGAAGGUCGAAUCAGAGCUUACAAAUAUCUGCAAUGAUAUCAUGACCAUAAUAGAUGAGCAUCUCAUACCAUCUGCUUCUGCUGGUGAAUCAACAGUGUUCUUCUAUAAGAUGAAGGGAGAUUAUUAUCGGUAUCUUGCAGAAUUCAAAACUGGUAAUGAGAAGAAGGAAGCUGCUGAUCUUUCUAUGAAAGCAUAUGAGACAGCUACUACUGCUGCGGAGGCUGAUUUGGCUCCUACACAUCCUAUCCGAUUGGGUUUGGCAUUGAAUUUCUCAGUGUUCUAUUAUGAGAUCUUGAAUUCACCUGAAAGGGCCUGCCACCUUGCAAAGCAAGCUUUUGAUGAAGCAAUAUCAGAGCUUGACAAUUUAAAUGAGGAAUCGUACAAGGAUAGCACCUUAAUAAUGCAGCUUCUCAGGGACAACCUGACCUUGUGGACUUCUGACAUCCCAGAGGAUGGAGAAGAUACUCAGAAAAUCAAUGGCACUGCCAAAUUAGGUGGGACAGAGGAUGCAGAGUGAUGCAGAUGAUACCCCGCUACAUCUUGUUCAGGGGAAAGGAUGAGACCUGAUUAUCUAUUGUUGUGUUUAGUUAAAAAUGGAAUUUCAUUGCUUUUUCUGUGUUUGCAUUUCCAUUAUUAUGUUGUGAUUUAUAGUGAUGUGUGGACGUGGUUGGUCUGACUUCCAAUACCCAUAGCUUUCCCCUUCAGUUGUGGUGGAUGGAGUGUAGAGCAUGGCAUGCUUGCCUAAGGUGGUUUUUGUUACUUUGUUGUAAAUCCCAGAGUCAUGUUUGAGGAAUUAUGCGGGUGUUUCCUCGCAAGUCCAAAAGUUUCAAGUCUGAAUCUAUUUAAUUUGCUUGGAUCGCAAUAUAUAUGUUUUCAACUGUUGUCGCUAUCACUAUUAAUGAGCGAUAAUGGCUGAAAGUUGUUGCAUUGUGAAUCCUUCUGAUGUAGACUAUUUUACUUGGAGAAUAAUGAAAUACCAUUUACAGUCUUGCGGGCUUCAA